UAAAGCACCUUAUGAUGUGUUUUCUUCGUGGAGCGCGUCCAGAACCGUGACCCACCCCCCGGUUCAGGGUCGGGGCUCGCGCCUCUGGCUCCACUCCCAGGCGUUCAGUCCGCUUCAGGCGUCGGGGAGCCUCGGUCGCCGAUCGGUGCGUCGGUUGCACAGCGGGGCAAGGAAACAGAAAGUCGUCCUACUGGCUCGUCCUGAUUCCUGCGGCGGCGCUGGCUCCGCAGCCCAACGUACACUUUACCUGGCGUUCAGGCGCGUUCGCAUGCGAGACGAGUCCGACAGACGCCGGAGACUCUGGGCUUCAGCAGAGCAGAGGGGCCCCGUGGGCUGGACGCGUGUGUGUUUUUACUUGGCCCUGUGACAAAACAGGCGGCUUCCUGUGUACAACCGGGCUGGAUCCAGUCUGAGGCAGGGGCGAGGAUGCGGCACAUCAGUCUGUAAAGCGGCAAGAGGAAGAUGGACGAGGACCAGAGGAAGACGAAGACGUGCGUGUCCACGUUCCGCUGGGUCCUGCGGCCGCAGGGGUGGACGAAGGAGAAGGCGAACGGGCCGAGCGGCACCGACGGGGCAGCGGCGGCGAGGAGCAAGCCGGGGCCGCCGCCCGCCACAGGUCCCAAACCGAACCUGGAACCGCCUCGGUUCAGAGAACGGCUCCGGGACUGCAGCAUCUCCGAAGGGAGUGAUGCUACGUUUCAAGGCGUCGUCAGCGGCAGCCGUCCGUUGACCGUCUCCUGGUUCCACGACGGGCAGCGGGUUCACACCAGACACGCGUCCUUCCGGAACGGCGUCGCCAGCCUCUUCCUGACGCGCUGCCCGCCGGGGAGCGCGGGAGUCUACACGUGCGUGGCCGAGAAUCCCGCGGGGCAGGAGUCGAGCGGAGCGGUGCUGCGCGUCACAGCCGCGGAGGUCCCUGAACUCACCGCCAACGAGCUGCACGGAGACGACCCUGGGCGGCACCAAGACGCUGGACCGGAACCCUGUGGAGAGGAAACCCAGACGGACAGAGGGUCACUGCACUUUGUGGACCCGCCGAACCACGUGGAGGUGGCGGUGGGGGAGCAGGCCCGGCUUCACUGCGGCUUCAGGAGCAGCUCCCUGCCGGUGGCCAGCUGCUGGAUCUACAACAAGGACAGGGUGGUGGAGGCGGGGCCCGGGGUGUCGGUGCGGACCGGCGAGACCCAGAGCAGCCUGGUGAUCUCUCGGGCCUGUGCGCGGGACACGGGCUCGUACACCGUCGUCGUCCGGAACCAGAAGUGCUCGGCGGCGCACACGAUCUCCCUCGCCGUCAUCGACCGCCCGGACCCGCCCGCGUCCCAGCCCGUCGUCUCCCAGAUGUCGGCCCAGGCCCUGGUUCUGUCCUGGAUGGGCCCCAGCUACGACGGCGGCACGGCCGUGCUGGGCUACGUGGUGGAGGUGAGGGAGGAGGGGGGUGCGGGCGGCCCGGGGAACUGGACCCAGCUGACCAACCAGUGUAAGAACACGUGCUACCACGUGCGCUCGGGCCUGGAGCCUCUGGGACAGUACCGCUUCCGGGUCAGGGCUUACAACGCAGCGGGAAGCAGCGAACCCAGCCGAGAGUCCGAGUGCGUCACGAUGGCCACAGAGCGGGUAAAGAAGGAAGAACCCGAAUCGUACGUCACACUGAGCGUCGACACCGAGCACAAAGUCAGGGACCACUACAACGUGCACGAGCAGCUGGGAGUUGGCAAGUUCGGGAAGGUGUUCCGGCUGUCCCACAAGGAGACGGGCCAGGUGUGCGCGGGGAAGUUCUACCAAGCCCGGGUCGCCAAGGACAAACUGGCGGCCCGCCGGGAGAUCGAGCUCAUGAAGUGCCUGCACCACCCAAAGCUGGUCCAGUGUCUGGCCGCCUACCACACGCGCUCCGAGAUCGUCAUGGUGAUGGAGUACAUCGCCGGCGGGGAGCUCUUCCAGCGCAUCGUGGCCGAGAACUUCGAGCACACGGAGCCCACGUGCGUCCGCUACGUGCAGCAGAUCCUGGACGGGAUGCUCUACGUGCACAGGCAGAACAUCGUGCACCUGGACCUGAAGCCGGAGAACAUCGUGUGCGUGGACACCACGGGCAUGCAGAUCAAGAUCAUCGACUUUGGCCUGGCGGCCAAACUGGACGAGGGGAAGCCUCUGCUGGUGAUGCACGGAACGCCGGAGUUCGCGGCGCCGGAGGUGAUCGGCUACGAGCCCGUGGGCGUCGAGACCGACAUGUGGAGCAUUGGAGUCAUCUGCUUCAUCCUGCUCAGUGGGGAGUCUCCCUUCCAGGGCAACAGCGACGCUGAGACCUUAGCGCUCGUCACCGCCGCCUGCUACGAAUUUGACGAGGAGAGUUUCGAGGACAUCUCUGAUCUCGCGAAGGACUUCAUCAGCUCCCUGCUGCAGAAAGACAGAAAAUCCAGACUGUCCUGUGCCAAAGCGCUGGCUCAUCCCUGGAUGGCCUCUUUUCCCGCUCUCAAAGGCAGAGCCACCAAGUCCCUCAAGAAAGACAAGAUGAGACGCUUCCUGGCGAGACGCAAGUGGAAGUUUGUCCUCUGCUGCUGUUUCUCUUCUGAACUUGCAGAAAACGGGCAAGGCGGUCCUGGCCCUGAAGCGGAUGGCGAACCUCUCCAACCGGCCGGACUCCCCGGGCGGCUUCUUAGAGGAGCCAGGCUGGAGCCCGGCGGCGGAGGAGGCCAUCCGGGCGCUGGACCGGCAGCUCCGGAGCGAGCCGCGCUUCCAGCGGGCCCUGACGGACGCGGCCGUGGCCAGAGGAGCGACCGCUCAGCUGAGCUGCCUCGUCAGCGGUCACCCACAGCCGGCGGUGAAGUGGCUGCACAGAGACGAGCCGGUGUCCGAGUCGCUCAGAGUGAGCGCGAAGCGGGACGGAGACGGGCUCUGUUCGCUGGUGGUGCUGGACGCGCAGCCUUCGGACUCGGGGGUGUACGUGUGCAGCGCCAGCAACGCCCUGGGGGAGGCGACGUGCUCCGCCAGGCUCAGGGUGGAGUUGUAGAAGAAGAGAAGCAGGCGGUGGUCCUUUUCCCAUAUAGACGGACUGGAAUGGUUUCCUAAAGCCAGACGCCAGUGCGUGGAUGGAAAGUUAGUCACUAUCACACAAAGGUUGUCUGCAAACCAAGGCACUUCGUUUCACACCUCACCAGGUACCGCAACGCUUGGGUUUCAUUCGGUUUCUCAGCUACCCGCUGAUUUGCACGAUGAAAUGCUAAAAAAAUAAAAUGCAGACUUCUUUUUUUCAAAUUGAAAUCAAGCGUACACUCUCAUGGACCAGUUCAAUGCUUUAGAAUAAAACACAGUUUGCUCAGG